GGGCUGUGAUACGGACGGACGGUGCCGACUUGUUCGCUCUUCUGCUCUCCGGUUCGGUGGGUGCUGCACCAGAUCUGGCUCCCAGGCGUCUGCCGCUCUGCCUAGCCGGGCUCCGGGCUGCUGCAACGGGUGGUGGCCGGUGGCGGACCGCCCCGGGCUGGCUGAGGAAGCUCCCGCUUUUGUUCUAGAGGUUGAAAAAUGGCGUCUGUAGCAGUUGAUCCACAACCGAGCGUGGUGACCAGGGUGGCCAGCUUGCCCUUGGUGAGCUCUACCUAUGAGCUCGUGUCCUCCGCUUACGUCAGCACGAAGGACCAGCAUCCGUACUUGAGAUCUGUGUGUGAGAUGGCAGAGAAGGGCGUGAAGACCGUGACCUCCGUGGCUGUGACAAGUGCCUUGCCGAUCAUCCAGAAGCUGGGGCCACAAAUUGCUGUGGCCAAUACCUAUGCCUGCAAGGGGCUAGACAGGAUUGAGGAAAGACUGCCUAUUCUGAAUCAGCCUACAGCGGAGGUUGUUGCCAAUGCCAAAGGUGCUGUAACUGGGGCGAAGGAGGCAGUGACGACUACUGUGGUCGGGGCCAAGGAUUCUGUGGCCAGCACGAUCACAGAGAUGGUGGAUAAGACCAAGGGAGCAGUUACUGGUGGCGUGGAAAGGACCAAGUCUGUGGUCAAUGGCGGCAUCAACACAGUGUUGGGGAGUCGGAUGGUGCAGCUCGUGAGCAGUGGAGUAGAAAACGCACUCGCCAAGUCGGAGCUGCUGGUAGACCAGUACCUCCCCCUCACCCAGGAGGAGCUAGAGAUGGAAGCAAAAAAGGUGGAAGGAUUUGAUACGGUUCAGAAGCCAAGUUACUAUGUAAGACUGGGGUCCCUGUCCAGCAAGCUCCGCUCCCGGGCCUAUCAGCAGGCCCUGGGCAGGGUUAAGGACGCCAAGCAGAAGAGUCAGGAGACCAUUUCUCAGCUACAUUCCACUGUUCAUCUGAUUGAGUUCGCCAGGAAGAAUGUGCACAGCGCCAACCAGAAAAUUCAGGGUGCUCAGGAUAAGCUCUAUAUCUCGUGGGUGGAGUGGAAGAGAAGCAUCGGCUAUGAUGACACGGACGAGUCCCAUUGUGCUGAGCACAUCGAGUCACGCACCCUGGCUAUCGCCCGCAACCUGACUCAGCAGCUGCAGACUACGUGCCAGACUCUCCUGUCCAACGUCCAAGGGUUACCACAGCACAUUCAGGAUCAGGCCAAACGAGCGGGGGCGACGGCCGGCGACCUUUACUCCGUGUUCCGCAACGCCACCUCCUUUAAGGAAGUGUCUGACGGUGUCCUCGCCUCUAGCAAGGGGCAGCUGCAGAAAAUGAAGGAGUCCUUAGACGAUGUGAUGGAUUACCUUGUUAACAACACGCCUCUCAACUGGCUGGUAGGUCCUUUUUAUCCUCAGUCUGCCGAGUCUCAGAGCAUAGAGGUGGACAAGACCAGCCCAAAGGUCCAGCAGUCUGAGCUCAAAACUCAGUAAACCCGUUCUUGUCACCAGUACGUAAUGUAGCCAGCCAGGUGACACCUUUGCUAUGUUGAAAUUAACGCAAUAGAUAACUUUAGGUUGGAAACGCAGCUAGUUCAAACAAAGGUCCUCAUUCUGGUCAUUCAGAGCUGAACUAUGCCCAUGCCACAGCUGGCCCUUGCACAUGAGUUCCUUCUACCUGGCUGCUAAGUGGAGCAUGCUAGUCUUGAGAGAGCCUAGUGGAAUGUAAAAGCUCAGAUGUACUUACGGUCUUGUCUCUGGCCUCUGUUUUACUGGUUGUACACAUCUGUCUGAACUGAAUAAAGAAUCAUUCAUGCGUCCUCUGCUCUGAAGGGGCGUCUGCUCGGUGUGGUCUCAGCAGGCUUCGUCAUUGUUCACCUCAAGGCGCGUGCUUGUGCACCUUGAGUUUAGUUUGUUUGUUUUUUAAUUCCCUAUGAAGAAAUGCCUUUGGAUGCAAUAAAAUUCCUAGCAGGAUAGAGCACCUUUA